GACGAUAGAUAGAUAUAAUUAGUAGUGUUCAACCUUUUAUAGGUAGCGAAAAAUUUGUGGUGAUUAACCAUAGGCUACAGCUAAAAGUCUGAACAUGGCACUGUCAAGCGAAUUCAGGAUACUUAUACUUUUCACAGUUAAGGCAGCAUUCAUUGACAGUCAGAUAACCAGUUCACUUGUAGCACAAACAGUAUGUGUUGGAGAUGAUGUUGAUCUUGAUUGGGUCUAUGGCAAUGCUGCAGAUAUUUCGUCUGUGACCUGGUCACAUACUUACAGUUCUUCAAAUACAAAAACUAUCAUGCAGCUUGGUUUAGGAGGAGGAGGAGCUCCUACUGUAAUUGACAACUUUAAUGUUGUACAUAAAAGCAAUGGUGGGAUAACUCUGACAAAUGUUAAUGAGGGAAACAGUGGAAGUUACAAAAUAAGUGUCACUUAUUUAUCUACUUCUCCUGUUGAAGACUCUGUCAGUGUAACUGUCAAAG